AAUUUUGGAUUAAAAAAAUCUAGUCGUUCCACCUCUGCAACAAGCUUGUUUUUCAGUAUCUUCUACUAUUGCCCGCAACGGAUAAACGGAUAAAAUGUUACCUCUAAUUGUUUACUUGUUGGCUUUACAACAUUUGCAUACGUCAGCGCUGAGCAAAAUAUUGCUAUCAUCUGAUUAUAGUUUAAACAAUUUAAAUGAAGAUUUCGAUAAAUCUAUGCGCAGCAAUGAUCAUGCGGUGACACCUACCACCUACGAGCCUUUACUCCAAGAUAUUAUCGAAAAUGUACCUUUUGUGCAGAGCUAUCCGGAUGAGACUGCCUUACAAUUUCCAGAACAGAUAUCAUCGGUAAAUAUUGAUUACGGGAAGAAUAUUAUCGUUUUAAAGUUCAGUAAGAAACCGAGAAAAUUAUCAUUAAAUAAAGAAGAACAAGAGAAACGUAAAUCAUUUCAUGAGAAUUUUAUGCGCUUUGGUAAGAGAGCUUACGAAUAUCUCCCUACUAUGAAUGAUUUUAUUGGUCAUUAUUAUGAAGAGUUGCCGGGAGAGCGUUACGAUCGGGCUCGUGAAACUGUACGAGAUUUGCGCGGUGAUAAUUUUAUGCGUUUCGGUCGGAAUGAUAAUCAAUGCGGCAAAGCCGAUUGCCGCGUUACUGAGGAUUUUAUGCGUUUCGGUCGCAGCAAUGGUGGCAGUGUAGAUUUUAUGCGUUUGGGCCGCCGAAGUGGGGAAGAUUUUAUGAGAUUUGGCCGCAAUUCGGGUAAUCAAGAUUUCAUGAGAUUUGGUCGAAAUUCGGGUAAUCAAGAUUUCAUGAGAUUUGGCCGUAAUCCUGGAAAUCAAAAUUUCAUGAGAUUUGGUCGCUCAUCUCCCGAUCAACAUUUUAUACGAUCGAGCCGUAAUAGUGAUUUUAUGAGAUUUGGUCGCAGCUCCUCUAGUCCGGACUUUAUGAGAUUUGGUCGCAAUGCUUUCGAUUUGAAAAUGAAAGAAGGAAAACGUUCUGACAAUUUUAUGCGUUUUGGACGUGCAUCGAAUGAGAAUUUUGUGCGUUUUGGUAAGCGGAAAACCGAAACUAAGGAACAACUUAUCUCUGCUCCAUCUGACUUGAAUAAAAAAGCAUCGAAUGACACCGUCAUUGAAACAAAUUCCGAGGAUAAAACUCUAAAAACGAAUUUUGAUAACAAUCAGGAACUACUUAACGAUAAUGAGAACUUAAUGAAUUUCGAAUUAAAUAACAAUAUUCUGGCCGAUGAUAAGGAUACAUUAAACGCGGACUACGUUUUAAAAGUUUCCGAAUAAAUUAUUUUUUAAAAUUAUGUAAAUAAAUGAAUGUAAACUUUUAUUAGUAUUCAAGUAUGCAGAAUUGG